CCUAUCCAGAUAUCAUCAUUCGCCGUCGUCGUCACCUUCCGCAUCUACGGCUCCGGCUCCGGCGCAUCUUCAUCGGCAGAGCCAUGCUCUAUAAUCACGGCAGUAAUAGUUACUCCUCUGGGACCGCCAGAUAUUCUACCUCCGCCGCCGCCGAACUAGCUUCUCAGACAUCGUGGUCCGGACCACCUGGCGUUGAUAUUGGACCAGGUGCUGCUGACCCAUUCAUGUCCGGGCUAAAGCGCCCUUCGAGCGAAGCCCUCUAUCGUCAAGGAGUUUUCGGUGGUCAUAGUACAAUUGGCCAUACUGAAUCUUGGUUUUCAAGCAAUCCUUUAACCAAGCGUCCUAGAUUUGAUUCUGCAUGCAAUUUGCCCAUCUAUCCUCAGAGGCCGGGAGAGAAGGAUUGUGCCCAUUAUAUGCUCACAAGAACCUGUAAGUUUGGAGAUAGCUGCAUGUUUGACCAUCCUAUUUGGGUUCCAGAGGGUGGAAUCCCAGAUUGGAAAGAGAUACCUAUUACGAAUGAACCUCUUCCGGAGAGACCAGGAGAGCCGGAUUGUCCCUAUUUUCUCAAGACUCAGAAAUGCAAGUAUGGUAUUAGGUGCAGAUUUAACCACCCUAAAGAUAAGGGUCUUGGAAAUACUGAUGCUCGUGCUUUACCUGAAAGGCCUUCAGAACCGAUAUGUGCGUUCUACAUGAAGACGGGACAAUGUAAAUUUGGUGCUACUUGCAAGUAUCACCAUCCAAAAGACAUACAAAUACAGAAUUCUCAAGAAAAUGGAAGCACUGCACACACUGGAUUAUAUGGAAUGUUUGGGGAAGCAAAGUCUUCUGCCAACCCUGCUAUGUUGCACAAUUCCAAAGGUCUCCCUAUCAGGCCGGGUGAAGUUGAUUGUCCUUUCUACUUAAAAACUGGAAGCUGCAAGUAUGGAGCCACUUGCCGUUACAACCAUCCUGCCGUAUAUGCAAUCAAUGCAGCAGCUGCUGCUUUAGGACAUGCAUUUGUAGGUUCUCCUGCAUCUCAUCUCAAUCCAACAGCCUCACUUUUUCAAUUUGACCCUAGAGUGGCGCAAACAAUGCUUGGAUUGACCACAGGUAUCUACCCACAACGGCCUGGGCAGUUGGAAUGUGAUUUCUACAUGAAAACUGGGGUGUGCAAGUUUGGGGAGAGAUGCAGGUAUCACCACCCUAUUGACCGUUCAUCACCCGGUGCAUCCACCACAACGGAAGCCCAUCAGCAAAGUGUUAAGCUAAGUCUUGCCGGGCUACCCAGACGCGAGGGUGCUAUACACUGCCCAUAUUAUAUGAAAACUGGAACGUGUAAGUAUGGCACAACAUGUAAGUUUGAUCACCCACCGCCGGGGGAGGUCAUGACUGGCACUUCACUUGGUGAAGAAGAAUGAAAAUGGCUGUGCAAACCUUUUGCUCUGAUCAGCAAAAAGCAAAGGAUUUGAACGGCUGGCUACCUCUUCAGCAACCAAACCAAUCCUUGACCACCAGAGGGAACUAAUUGUUUAAGAUAUUUGUUUGGAGAGUUUGAGAAUCUUUUUUUUUUAUUUUACUUAUUUGAUCACUGGAGUUGGCUUUCCUGUGUUGUAUUAUUCCUAGUAAGAACGAGCAUAAGUGUAUUUGGUUGGUUGGUUCUCCUCCAUAGUGUGUUUGAUGUCGGAUCAAUGUACUUUUGUU